AAUACAUCGAUAUAUCGAUACAAUUAUACUCAAUAUUCCUAGCGCGCAUUUCCUUUAAAAGACAGUUUAUACAUUAAAAUGCCGCCAAAGCGUGGUAAGAAGGCUGCUCCUAAACCUUCGUCGACAACAAGCGAGGAGUCCAAGGCACUGGAUCCUAAUAAUCCUGUGCUUUAUAUUGAGCACUGUCGCUCUUGACGAGUGUUUCGUCGUCGCGCCGAGGAGUUACAUGCUGCUCUGCAAAGUAAAAUUCAAGAUGAGGGCCAUCUUUUCCAACUUCAAUUGCAACUAAAUAGCCAGGGAGCACCCAGACGCGGAGCGUUCGAAUUGUCCUUCGCCCCACAUCCCACAAGAGUUGCUAACGAACAGCUGCCCAUUUGGUCCGGUCUGAAACGCACACCGCGUGCUCAAAAGUUUCCCAAUGUCAAUGAAAUAUAUAAGCAAAUAAUUGAGGCGUUCAACGAUCAUGCAGAGAAAACGAACAAACGCAAACGCCCAUCAUCGUCAUCUCCAACAGCCUCACCCAGUUUGCCAAAACGUGCAAAGUCUGCAACCAAUAAAUCGCCAAAGCCAUCAGAAUCCAAAUAAUGUGAUUUUGCAUCGUGUAGGUGGUUGGCAUCGAUAGUUUUUCAGCAAUAGCGCCAUAUGAUCAUUGAACGGUAAACCCCGAACAGGAGCUGUUCACUGUGAAACUUUUGCCUGAAUGCUGAAAGAUUUUGUGACGUCAUCUACUAUGCGAAUCGCUUAAGAUCACAUUAAGAUAAAUAAUGAAAAUGAUUACUGAUUGAUUUUUAUCGAAUAAAAUUCUAUUAAAUAUAGAGCAUUGAAAGAGCUCAU